AUGUCCAAGAUGUGGCCGGCGUCGCAGUAUUCCCAUAGCAAUGCGCCCAUCCCCAACAAUGCAGGAAAAUCGAAUGAACAUCAGAACCAACAAAAUUUGAAGACCUUGGGCAUGACCUCAGCCAUUUCCAUGGCAGGUCCGAAGCCCAUUGAUAUAGAAAAAACCACAGAACUAAAACAAUCCCUGAUUCCAUAUGGAGUCUUUGAAUCUGAGCAAGAGAUGCAUCAUAGGAUGGAAGUGCUGGGUGCCCUGCACAGACUUGUGAGACAAUGGAUCAGAGAGGAAUCUAUGCGGAAGAAUAUGCCUCCUAACGUAGCUGAUACCGUCGGAGGAAAUAUUUAUACAUUUGGAUCUUAUAGGCUUGGAGUGCACCAUAGGGGCGCCGAUAUUGACGCGCUGUGCGUUGCCCCGCGUCACAUAGACAGGAUUGACUAUUUUGCGUCGUUCUACGAGUUAUUGAAGGCGCAACCUCAGGUGAAGGAUCUGCGAGCUGUUGAGGACGCGUUCGUGCCCGUUAUCAAGAUGAAUUUCGACGGAAUUGAGAUUGAUUUGCUUUUUGCCAGGCUGGCACUUAAGGAAAUACCUGAUUCCUUCGAUCUUCGCGAUGAUAUGCUCUUGAAAAACUUAGAUCAGAAAUGUGUGCGUUCGCUAAACGGAUGCAGAGUAACCGACGAGAUUCUCCGCCUCGUACCCAAUAUAAACAACUUCAGGCUUACUCUACGCGCCAUCAAGCUGUGGGCAAAACGUCACGGCAUAUAUUCAAACACUCUAGGAUACCUAGGUGGUGUGUCAUGGGCCAUGUUGGUAGCCCGGACCUGUCAGUUGUACCCCAACGCACUGCCUGCGACAUUGGUGCACAAGUUCUUCCUGGUGUUCAGCCAGUGGAAGUGGCCACAGCCAGUUCUGCUGAAACAACCUGAUUCAGUCAACCUUGGGUUCCCCGUGUGGGAUCCUAGAGUAAACAUUUCCGACCGAUUCCACCUUAUGCCUAUCAUCACACCAGCGUACCCGCAGCAGAAUUCCACUUUCAACGUAUGUGCUUCCACCAGGACUGUUAUUAUGGAGGAGUUUAGAAUUGGUCUAGCCAUAACUGAUGAAAUAAUGCUCGGCAAAUGUGGAUGGGAGCGUUUGUUUGAGGCGCCCAACUUUUUCUCGCGGUACAAGCAUUUCAUAGUGCUCCUGGCUUCCUCAGCAAGUCCAGAUGACCAGCUACAGUGGUGUGGACUUAUUGAAAGCAAGAUCCGACAUCUAAUCACAACACUGGAGCGUAACACCCACAUCACGAUUGCACACGUCAACCCGGAGUGUUACAACUCGGUUCCGUUGAACACAAACAACGGACAGCCUCUAGCCUUGCCACCAGGAGUACCAAUGCCAGCAGACCCAUCGCCAGAAGUUAAAAAGAAUGAAAAUGGUGAAGUAAUAGCGAAUUAUUGCUCAAUGUGGUUUAUUGGGCUAGUAUUUGAGAAGACCAACCUGAAUGUAGAUCUGACGUGUGAUAUACAGACAUUUACUGAAGCCGUCAACUAUCAGGCAGAGAACACUAACAUGUUGCGAGAAGGCAUGACUAUCGAGGCGCGCCAUGUCCGACGUAAGCAGCUGCACCAGUACCUCUCCGCCUCCUUACUGCGUCGCGAGCGGACCUCCUCCGGCACCAAGCGCAAGAUACACGACCGUCCGCCACCACCGCCCGGACCUCAAAAGAAGACCAAACGACUCUCCGAGAGCAGCACGGAGGAAGUCGGCGUAUUAUCAUACAAUGAGGACUCCAACUCGUCUAACGUAUACGAAGUAAACUUACACAACGGAGCGGCGCAACAUGCAGGAACAGAGGCGGAGAUCGCGCGACCGAAACCCGCCGCAGACAAGGCUGAGCAUCCACCUUCCACAUCAAACUCCAUCGCCUGUACGUAG